AUGUCCCCCAUCACCCCCUUCAAAAUCUCCGUCCCAGAAUCCAAAAUCAUCCGCCUCCAACGACUCCUCGCCCUCACCGACUUCCCCACCGAGCCCACCAACAUAGAACCAUGGACUCGCGGCCCACCGCUCGCCGACAUCAAACGCCUCGCUCACGUCUGGCAACACUCUUUUAACUGGCGUGCCAUCGAAGCCAAAUUGAACGAACUACCCCAGUACAUGGCGCAGAUUGAGAUCGAAGGCCACGGCUUGAACGAAAUACACUUCAUCCAUCAGCCCAGCGUCAUCAAAAGCGCUAUUCCGCUCCUUUUUGUCCACGGCUGGCCGGGCAGUUUCCUCGAGGUUACUAAGAUCCUGCCGGAAUUGACCGAAGGUGGUGAUGAGUAUCCUGCUUUCCACGUCGUGGCACCGAGUCUGAUUGAUUUCGGAUUCUCGAGUGCGAGUAAAGAGGCAAGCGUGAAGAGUGGUUUCAACGUCGAUCAACAUGCCGAAGCGUGUCACAAGCUCAUGCAAGCUCUGGGAUAUAGUGAAUACGUCGUCCAAGGCGGCGAUCUCGGCUCUGCCGUCGCGAGAAUCCUGGCAUCAACCUACGGUCCAAAUUCCUGCAAAGCCCAACUCAUCAACAAUGCCGCUCCAGCCCAGCCUACAGCCGAAAGCCACCCAGAACUUCACGCCCGGGUCCAGGCUACGGCAUUGACUGAUGGAGAACUGGCCGGUCUCAAACGCACACAAGAGUUUGGCGAAAACGGCAACGCCUUCUACCGCCUCCAAUCUACAAGGCCUCUGACCAUAGCCUACAGCCUUUCAUCUAGCCCCGUUGGGCUUCUCGCGUGGAUUUACGAAAAGCUCCAUGACUGGGCUGACGACUAUCCUUGGACAGAAACGGAAAUACUCACUUGGGUGAGCGUCUAUUACUUCUCCCGUGCAGGGCCUUCGGCCAGUCUGAACAUCUACUACGAGAACGAGCAUCGACAUCCGAAGAAGACUCUCUUCGCUGAGAUGCAAGUCGAGAUUCCUGAUGUUCCGCUUGGUAUUGCUCGGUUCCCCAAGGAUCUCAUUCUCCUCCCAAAAUUGUGGCACCAUACCAUGGGCCCGGUUGUGUAUGAGAACGAGCACACCCGUGGUGGACAUUUUCCAGCCUGGGAGUGCCCGGAUGCCAUUGUGGAAGAUUUGCGGACUAUGUUUGGGAAGGAUGGUGGUGCAUAUCGCUGUACAGGCGAGAGUGAUGGAUAUCGUGUUGCCAAUGAUUGA